GUUGCUGUGGUAUCCAGGGAGCCCUCCUCCUUCUGCGGGAGAUGCACGCUGGUCGUUGCUAAGGUCGCCUCCGCGGUAACAUGCACAUCCUGUUUACACCUUUAUCCGGAGAAGUUGGGCUCGGUUAGAGGCACCCGCUUCACCCGGGCAGCCCCCAGGGAAGGGACCCCCCCGAGCAUCCCCCCGCCGGACCCUCCAGGGAAGCUGCUACAGGAGCCGCGAGCCGGCGUCGCCGCCACCGCGCCGGCAAGAUGACGAACAACGUGGCCGACCACCACCCCGGGAACUCGGUUGCCGAAGGCAACCAUGAGGGGGACUUUGGUUGCUCCAUGGUGGAGCUCAGGAACCUCAUGGAGCUGAGGAGCGCUGAGGCAGUUGCCCGGCUCAAUGACUCCUACGGUGGCGUGCAGAAUGUCUGCAAGAGGUUGAAGACGUCGCCAGUUGAAGGCCUGUCCGGGAACCCCACCGACCUGGAGAAGAGGCGGCAGGUCUUCGGUCAGAACUUCAUUCCUCCCAAAAAGGCCAAGACGUUCCUGCAGUUAGUGUGGGAGGCGCUCCAGGACGUCACGCUCAUCAUCUUGGAAAUCGCAGCCAUAAUCUCCUUGGGCCUGUCCUUCUACCACCCUCCGGGCGGUGACAAUGAAUUGUGCGGGCAGUCGGCGGGCGGCGUGGAGGACGAGGGCGAGUCGCAGGCCGGCUGGAUCGAGGGGGCGGCUAUCUUGUUCUCGGUCAUCAUCGUGGUGCUGGUGACCGCCUUCAAUGACUGGAGCAAGGAGAAGCAAUUCCGGGGCCUCCAGAGCCGCAUCGAGCAGGAGCAGAAGUUCACGGUCAUCCGCAAGGGGCAGGUGAUUCAGAUCCCGGUGGCCGAGAUCGUGGUGGGAGACAUCGCGCAGAUCAAGUACGGUGACCUCUUGCCAGCAGACGGGAUCCUGAUCCAAGGCAAUGACCUGAAAAUAGACGAGAGUUCUCUGACUGGGGAGUCAGACCAAGUCAAGAAAUCUCUGGAUAAAGACCCCAUGCUGCUGUCAGGUACCCACGUGAUGGAGGGCUCUGGCAGGAUGGUGGUGACGGCCGUGGGUAUCAACUCCCAGACGGGAAUCAUCUUCACUCUCUUGGGUGCAGGAGAAGGAGACGAGGAGAAGAAGGUGAAGAAAGGUAAAAAAACCGGAGCCCCCGAAAAUCGCAACAAAGCUAAAACUCAGGAUGGUGUGGCCUUAGAGAUCCAGCCCCUGAAGAGCCAGGAAGGGGUGGAAAAUGAGGAGAAGGAGAAAAAGAAGGUGAAGGUGCCCAAGAAGGAGAAGUCUGUGCUGCAAGGGAAGCUCACGAGACUGGCGGUCCAGAUCGGGAAGGCAGGGCUGAUCAUGUCGGCCAUCACAGUCAUCAUCUUGGUGCUGUACUUCGUGAUCGACACGUUUGGGGUGCAGGGGAGGCCCUGGCUGGCGGAGUGCACCCCCAUUUACAUCCAGUACUUCGUGAAGUUCUUCAUCAUCGGUGUCACCGUGUUGGUGGUGGCUGUGCCCGAAGGGCUCCCGCUGGCGGUCACCAUCUCCCUGGCUUACUCCGUGAAGAAAAUGAUGAAGGACAACAACCUUGUGAGACACUUGGAUGCGUGUGAGACCAUGGGCAAUGCCACUGCCAUCUGCUCAGACAAGACGGGCACGCUCACCAUGAACCGCAUGACCGUGGUGCAGGCCUACGUGGGGGACACCCACUACCGCCAGAUCCCUGACCCUGAUGCCAUCCUGCCCAAGGUCCUGGACCUCAUAGUCAACGGUGUUGCCAUCAACUCUGCCUACACAUCCAAGAUCCUGCCACCCGAGAAGCAAGCGGGGCUACCCCGGCAAGUGGGCAACAAGACCGAGUGUGCCCUGCUGGGUUUCGUGCUGGACCUGAAGCAGGAUUACCAGGCUGUGAGGAACGAAGUGCCGGAGGAGAAGCUCUACAAGGUCUACACUUUCAACUCGGUGCGCAAAUCCAUGAGCACGGUGCUGAAGAACAGCAAUGGCGGGUUCCGCAUGUACAGCAAGGGAGCCUCUGAGAUCAUCCUCCGCAAGUGCACCAGGAUCCUGGACAAGAACGGUGACGCCCGGGUGUUCAAGGUGAAGGACCGGGAUGAGAUGGUGAAGAAGGUGAUAGAGCCCAUGGCCUGUCACGGGCUGAGGACCAUCUGCCUGGCCUUCCGUGACUUCCCUGCUGAUGCUGAGCCAGACUGGGACAGCGAGAACGAGAUCCUGUCUGACCUGACCUGCAUCGCUGUGGUCGGGAUAGAGGACCCUGUGCGGCCAGAGGUGCCAGAUGCCAUCCUGAAGUGCCAGCGUGCAGGGAUCACCGUGCGGAUGGUGACGGGGGACAACAUCAAUACCGCCCGUGCCAUUGCCACCAAGUGUGGCAUCCUGCUGCCAGGGGAGGACUUCUUGUGCCUGGAGGGGAAGGAGUUCAACCGCCUCAUCCGCAAUGAGAAGGGAGAGGUGGAACAGGAGCAGCUGGACAAGAUCUGGCCCAAGCUGCGUGUGCUGGCCCGUUCUUCCCCGACAGAUAAGCACACGCUCGUGAAAGGGAUUAUCGACAGCACCGUUGGUGACCAGAGGCAGGUGGUGGCCGUGACUGGGGAUGGGACCAACGAUGGCCCAGCUUUGAAGAAAGCUGACGUUGGCUUUGCCAUGGGCAUCGCAGGCACGGACGUGGCGAAGGAGGCUUCGGACAUCAUCCUGACGGACGAUAAUUUCACCAGCAUCGUCAAGGCGGUGAUGUGGGGCCGCAACGUCUACGACAGCAUCUCCAAGUUCUUGCAGUUCCAGCUGACCGUUAACGUCGUGGCCGUCAUCGUGGCCUUCACGGGGGCCUGCAUCACGCAGGACUCUCCCCUGAAGGCUGUCCAGAUGCUGUGGGUGAACCUGAUCAUGGACACCUUCGCCUCCUUAGCCCUGGCCACGGAGCCCCCGUCCGAGUCCCUGCUGCUGCGGAAGCCCUACGGCCGCAACAAGCCCCUCAUCUCCCGCACCAUGAUGAAGAACAUCCUGGGCCACGCCGUGUACCAGCUGACCAUCAUCUUCACACUGCUGUUUGCGGGGGAGAAGUUUUUUGACAUCGACAGUGGCCGAAACGCCCCGCUCCACUCCCCACCCACCGAGCACUACACCAUCGUCUUCAACACCUUUGUCAUGAUGCAGUUGUUCAACGAGAUCAACGCGCGCAAGAUCCACGGGGAGAGGAACGUCUUCGAAGCCAUCUACCGCAACCCCAUCUUCUGCACAGUGGUGCUGGGGACGUUUGCAGCUCAGAUCAUCAUUGUGGAGUUUGGUGGGAAGCCGUUCAGCUGCUCCGGGCUCACCCUGAGCCAGUGGUUCUGGUGUAUUUUUAUCGGAGUGGGCGAGCUCCUCUGGGGACAGCUGAUCUGCACUGUCCCAACCAGCCACCUGAAGUUCCUGAAGGAAGCCGGCCACGGCAUCACCAAGGAGGAGAUCCCAGAGGAGGAGCUGCCCGAAGACGUGGAUGAGAUUGACCACGCUGAAAUGGAGCUGCGGCGCGGGCAGAUCCUCUGGUUCAGGGGUCUCAACAGGAUACAGACACAGAUGGACGUAGUUUACACAUUCCAGACCGGCGCCUCCUCUUUGCAGGGAGCCCUCAGGAGACAGCCUUCCAUCGUGAGCCAGCACCACGAUGUAAAAAAUGUUUCUAGCCCAACCCAUGUAGCUCUUUCCUCCGUCAAUUCCACUCCCACCACUUCUGCUGUUGCUGCUGCUGCUGCAUCUCCUCCUGCGGGCAAUCAAAGUGGUGAAUGCGUUCCGUAGCUCCUUGUACGAAGGCCUCGAGAAACCCGAAUCCAGAAGCUCCAUCCAUAACUUCAUGACUCACCCAGAGUUCAUCCUGGAGGAAGACGAGCCUCGAACACCAUUCCUUGACGGCGCUGAAGACGACCCCGAGACUGAUGGACUCAAAAAGCGAGGUGGGGGUAGCCUGGGUGGAUCUACAUCCCUCAACAGAAAUAACAAUGCAGUGGACAGCGAUCAAGCUGAGGUCACCGUCCCGGAGCCUGAAAGCCCCUUACACAGCUUGGAGACAUCGGUUUGACCUUAGAACUUCAAAACCCCCCCUCCUCCUCCUCCUCCUCCUCCACCUUCGCCCCUCGCCCUGUGUGAUAUUGGCACCAGUAACUGAUCACACACUGCGGUCACUUCGUGUCAAACUGCUCAUACGUAUAUCAUUUUGGUGUUUUUCGUUUUUUGGGGUUUUUUGUUUUGUUUUUGUUUUUAUCUUUUUUUUUUUUUUUUUACCAUUAUUUAGCAGUUGGGAACCAGAGUACCACGAAUGCCGGGUGUUGGGAGAGAGGCAAAGCCAUACUUGUGCAUCUCCAUCCCUAAUUUUCAGUGGUACUCACCCAAGUGAAGCAGCCAGGUUAUUUCCUCUCCGAGAGUUGGGCUCCACGCACGCGUCUGUAGGGGGGUUUUCACUUAGAAAAAUGCAUGUUCAAAGCAAGUUCAAAUUGUUGUAGUCUUACAUGCACGCACUCGGCCCGAGGGCUGAGGUGCACUUAUGACUUUCUUUUAUUAUUUUUUUUUUUUUUUCUUCCACUUGUGGUUUUUAGGGUUUUCUUCUAAUGUCGGGGUUUGUUCUUUAGCUUGUGGGAUUUGCCCCCAGUAACUUCGCAGUGGGAAGUGGGGGAGUUAGCACUCUAGUGUGAAAAUUUAAAAAUAAAUUAAAUUUUUUAAAAAAAAACAACCCAGCCAGGGGGAAGGUGUUUACUCACUUAGUCGAUAGAUACAGGGAUGUACACCAGUCUUCCACCUUGAAAAGUGGUACCUAGCCUUUAGAGUUCCUCCUCUGUGUGUACAGUUCUCUCUCUGUUUCCAAAGCAGUAAUUGGUAGAUAAGGAACGAAGGUGACUUGGCUGUGACCUCAUGGAUGUAAAAGAUUCUGAUUAUGUUUUUUUUUCUACAAAGCAAGGUGGAGGUGAACUGGCAGUGGAAUUGGGGUGAAGAUAAAACCCAUGGUUGUGAGAAACGGGGGCUCCUUCCUGGGGAGUCUUAAGAGAUGCAUCUCUUCUGCUCUUGAAGAGCUGUGAAACUUUUGGCCAGAGCCUUGCAAAGGUUUAAUGACUCCUGCAGAGGGACUUUGGCCGUUCUGGCUUCUCUGUACUGUUGGGUUAAAUAAUCCUUCAGCUCUGGAGUAUGAGCUCUGGUUAACUGCAGAGGAUGCUCCAGCCGUGCCCACCACCUCUGCCCAUCGCUCCCAAAGCGUUAGCAGGCUGGAUGGAGAACAAGGAUGGGGUUAUGGACAGUACAGCAGGUCAGCUAGGGCUCAUGGAAGGGAUGAGUCACGUUGUCUCUUUAGCCAGUGGAAGGGAGGGAAGGCUCCAUGACCGAUGGGAGGACUCCUGAUUUCCAUAGCGCUUCUGUAACUGGUUUGCCAGUGAAGCUAAUUCCUCGCCAAGUUGGCAGGUUAGUUGGUUGGCUGCAGGGCUUCCAGAGAAGGUGCUGCAUUGGAGGCUUUGCCUCACCUGCUGCUUUUCUGAAGCUCAUCUCUUCACCUUGCAUCCUGCCUCACCUCAGGCUUUUGGAACCAUUUGGUUGAGAGUCCUGGUUUUUUUGGAGCAGAGGUCCCAGUUGUCCUGGGCAAGUUGGCUCUGAACUUGACCCUCUUGUGAAGCCAUGGGACAGAGCAGGAGGCAGGAGUUUUCUUUGCUUGGGCUUUGUUUCUUCCCCGUUGGGCUCUUGCUGGUGCACCCCAGGCAGGGCUGGAGGAAGCUCUGCUGCCUUCUCUUCAUUGUCCCCUUUGGCGUGGUUGGAAGCAGAGAGAACCUGGUUGAUAACUGGCUGUACAACAUCACCGUCUUCGCCCAGCCUCCAUCCCUGGACGCAGAGAGGUUUUAGCCAGAGGAGGGUGGGCUGGCUGGUUUCUUCUUUUCUUUCCUUUAAGAACGCACAGCAGAAUCUCCCGUGCCUUCUCCGAGCACUGCCUGCAGCACCGCCUGCCACGCGAGGGCCCAGUACUUUGCCAAGAAAUAAGUGUUCCUUAAACGCCAACACGAACCAAGUGUCUUUGUUUUGUUGCCAGCCCAGCACCAACUCGGCCCUUCCUUGGGGUGGGAGGAGGGAAGGACGAGGUGGCCCCGUUCCUGCCCCGAGUAGCUGAGGAAAGGUCCUUCUCCCAGGUCUCCUGGUGCUGGGGUGAAGGCUGGGCUCAUACACUGCCAACAGCAAGAAGAAAUUGCCACCACUGCCCAUCUCUUAAAUUAAAAAGUCAAUAUCAAGCCCCCUGCCCGUGGCUGCCCUCCCCGUUCCUCCUUCCCAUGAGCUGAAAAAAAAAAAAUACCUUGGGCAGGAGCGGGAGGGGUUUGGGGGGUGUUUUCUUGGGUUCUACACAAGUGGUGACAGGAAAGACAAAAGGGGUGGUUGUGGGGUUUGGUUCUGUGCUAAAGGUGACAUUGCUUAAAAGAUCACUUUUUCUAUUUUAAAUACUUGCAAAAAAAAAAAAAGGAUGAAAAUACGGUGUUCUUACAAGCUUACGUAAAUAUUUAUUAAUACUUUGGGGGGGGAAACACACCGAUUAUUUUUUUUUCUUUUGAUAUUUUUUUAUUACCUCAGACCUGUUUUAAAAAAUAAAAAAAAAAAAAAGAAAAGACUUAAACCAACAAAAAGCCAACUUUGGAGGCUCUCAAAGUCACUCCCAGAAAUCUGUGACUGGCAGGUUGCCACAAGGGUCUGGUUGUCCUUUAGUUGAUAUAUUUUUGUUGUUGUAGUUUCCAUGUUAGGAGGGGGAGAAAUAAUUAUAUAUAAAUAUUAUGCAAAAAAAAAAAAAAAAAAAAAAAAAUAUAGUUUUCUUUAGAUCAAAAACUGAUAUUUUUACGUCAGCCAUAUGUAUUUUGUUUAAA